UUCAUCACACAGAGUCUCAUGACACGAUUGACACAUCGAGAAAUGCACCCCACACCAUCAAUCCAUCCAUCCAUCCAUCCGUCCGAUUCCCUAGCCCUGCCCCUCCCCCACCGCCUUCGACCGCCUCAGCGCGUGCCGCCCUCCUUGCCGAGACACCUCCAUGGAUAGCGCACUGGGCAAAUUCUACACCAGCUGGCCAGCCAACUCCACGGUGAGCGUCGGUACAGACCACCACCACCCUGAAUCGAUGACGAGGCCUCGCUGCCGGCGAAUGUCGACGUGCUCUCGACGUCGAUGGCGGUGAUGCCGAGUGUUUUGUCACCGACACACGUCAGUGAGGGCCACACCUUCGGAUGGCCGACGAUGGGACACCGAAUCGUCAGAAACAGACCUGAGAGGGCAUCCAGCGGACAGCAAAUGUAUCAUCCAUCCGCGAAUGGGCUCCGUGUCCAUCCAUCCAUCCAUCCAUCCAUGCGAGGGGGCGGACGGGCGGUUGACCUCUGAUGGUCCAUGAGGCUUUGGUGGCGUCGAUGUUGCCGUGCAGCGGAAUGUCGAACGCGUGAUGCGGGGACCGGAAGUGGAUGAUUUUUUGGCGGAUGAUGACGUCUGAACAAGAAACAAACGGCAGGGGGAGCACACCGGCGUGAAUGUCCAGCCCACCACGAGCCCCACACUCCUUCCCGACCUACCUGGUCGGGCAUCCUUCUGUAGAAGGUCCACUUCUACACAAAGAAAAGGACAUGUAGUACACACACAGAAGUCGGAAAAGGCUCGAAUGGCAUUAAUUGCAAGAGAGGCCUGCAGGCGGUCGUUCACCUAUGACGAUGGAGUCAUUGCAUUGCUGCCAGUGUAUCUGUUGGAUAUAUCAACAGAGAGAGAGAGAAGGAGAACGCCCAUGAGCUUAGCUUUGUGGGUCAGUGCGGGUACUCAGCGCUCACCGAUGGCUGCCCGAGGCGCCUGAGAAGCCCUCUCUUUUCCGCUGAAAGACCAGGGGGCGCCAGCAUAGUGCACUCGUGUUGGAACGUGGAAGGAAGGUGAAAGGAGCAGGCGGAAAGGCGCCAGGCCCUCACUCUUUGCUUUCAGCUGACUUCCAG